CUAUAAAGAGAUGGAGACCCAAAGCAGCAGCAACGGUCUGUAGAGCUAGAGCUGGUUGGAAGCUACCACCGCAAAUAAUGGAGAGCUUCAAUGGUUCAGCGAGGCCGGAUCGGAAGACCAUCGAGAAGCAUAGAAGAAUCCAAAUGAAGGCUCUCUGUUCCAAGCUCGAUUCCCUCCUCCCCAACCCACCCACCUCAAGGGAGGGAGCGGCGCUGCCGCUACCAGACCGACUAGAUGAAGCGGUGAAUUAUAUAAAAAGUCUGCAGGGGAGGCUGGAGAGGAUGAAGGAGAGGAAGAGGCAGUUGUUGGAGCCCGAGGGGAGCAGCCGGGGUAUGGGAAGUGAGGAGAGAGGUGGGAUGGGGUUGCCCCAGAUAGAGGUCCAAGACCUGGGUUCUGGGUUUAGAGUUGUCAUAAUAAGUAGCCCAGGGGAUCGGCUCAUGUUCUACGAGGCCGUUCGAGUCCUGGAGGAGGAAGGGGGAGAGAUUCUGAAUGCCAACUUCUUGGUGGUCGGCGACAAGGCUGUCCACUCCAUACACUCCAUGGUUGCGGAUCCUAGAGGUGGUUCUGAGGCUAGCAAGGUGUUGGAGAGACUGAAGAAAGCAUGUCAUCCGUGCUGGUGAUGUUGAAAGCCUGUGUGUGUGAAAAGAGAAGGUUUGUUUAGAUUCUUAGGACAAGCCGAAAAAUAAACAGUGGAAAAAGUAAAUCAUUUUCCGUAACGGGGGCUUACCGUUUUUUUUUUCUUUCUUUUUUUUGGUCUCUACUUUCUUUUUGAGUCAUGUAUCCCCUAUGUUGGACAUGAACUGGAUGCCAAAGAUAACUUGCUUAAGAAUUGUUGUGGGUCCUAUAUUUGCGUAACACAAGGGGUUGCUACGAUAGGAUCGAAACAACCCCGAGCUCAUGGAACAAAGCCUGAUUGCUUAACGACCACAUGAGUCAUAUUAGCAAGUUUGCAUAUUUUGGCGUUUUCACCUUAGAAGUGAUGGCAAAGGUCUGUUUCUGAUUGUGAGUUGUUUUUUUUUUUCAUCAUAUUUUCUUUAAUGGUCUUUACUGUUUGAAGAAAAUAAUAUGUGGCUGCGAUCACGCAAAAGAAAGUA